AUGUCGGUUUGUGAGGGUCAUGUGCAAAUUGGGGCCAUAAGAUAUGAAAUCAAACCCAUUGCGAACUCUCCCACAUUUCAACACCUGAUUUACCGAAAGAGGCCUGAGCUGCGCCAGCCCUGCAGAGGAGGCACAGAAGCUGGGACCAAUGCAACCAGUGAAGUUGGUGAUGUGAGAAUCGUGGAUGGCCACAGCCCACCUCCUCCCAAGGGUAGAGCAGACAAGUUUAAAGAUGCCGCGUCGGCCAGAUAUCUGGAGUAUUAUCUUGUUGUGGACAAAAGCACGUUUGCGGCCCAUAAACACAACGAGACCCAGUUGGUGCUGAUCAUUCUCCAUAUGAUGGCGGACGUCCAUGCCAUCUAUUUGCCCAUAGGCCUCCAUGUUUAUCUGGUGGGGUUGGAGCUGUGGACCGAGAAUGACCGGGUCGCAGUCAGUGGCAAAAGCCUCGCCAUCACUUUGGACGCGUUUUACAAAUUUGCCAGCAACGAGCUCCAGCGCCAUGUGCAUUUUGACCAUGCUGGCAUCCUUACGGCUAAAGGGCAUCCAUCUGGACUAGCACGGGGAGACAGUAUUUGCCACUACAACCACGCUUCUGUGUCCGCAAUGCGUACAUAUCUCAACCUUCAAAAUGAUGCUGAAAACGUUGCUCACCAACUGGGCCAUUCGCUGGGCUUUUUGCAUGACGACGGUUCGACCAAUUUAGCCCGGGGCUGUGACUGUAAUUGCAGUAAGGAGGGCAGCUGCCUAAUGGUGGGCAAAAAAUCUCCUGAAUGCCCAAGACUGAGCAACUGCAGCCGGGAAGUAUAUGACGACAUGAUCCGAAAGCCAGGAAAAGAGUGUUUGCUCGAUGAGCCCCCCAAAACGUUCAGGAACAAAGAGUGUGGAAACGAGGUCAUCGAAGAAGGGGAGGACUGCGACUGCGGCCUCGAAGAGGACAUAGGAGAAGGCAUCCUGAGUCUGUUCAUGAAACCCAACGCGCAACCUUUGGCCAUGAGGCAACAGCAUGAAGAACAAGGUGAAUCAAAGGCUGAUGUAGCAUUUAGAGGAUUUAGUGAAUGUCGAAGGAAUGGUUGCUGUCAAGACGACUGUAAAAGUAAGCCAGGCAUUGACUGCCUUUUUGGACCUUGCUGCAAGAACUGCAAGUUUUCCAAAGAGGGGACUGUGUGCCGGGAAGCCGUGACGGAGUGUGACCUCCCCGAAUACUGCAACGGGACAUCUGCCGAAUGCCCCGUGGAUGUCUACAAGCAGGACGGGAUGCCUUGUAGCGACAGCAACAGCUGCUUUCUUGGCAACUGCCUCGACCUCCACAAGCAUUGCGUGGCUCUCUUUGGCAAAGACGCCCAAGAGGCUCCGCUGAGCUGUUUCAAGGAGGUGAACAUGCGAGGAGACCAGUCUGGCAACUGUGGCGGGGAUGGAGAGAAGUACAAGAAGUGUGACGAAGAAGACGUCCUUUGUGGGCGGCUGCAAUGCGUUCACAUUAAGAAAAUCCCCAAAAUGUCAACCGGGCAAAGUGUCAUCCAGACGCCAGUGGAGAACACCUUGUGCUGGGGGAUGGAAUUCCACCUGGGCCAGGACACUCCCGACCUUGGCGCUGUGAAGGAUGGGACCACCUGCGGCACUGGCAAGAUAUGUAUCAACCGAUCCUGCGUUGAUCUGGACUUUAUGAAGCAUAAGUGCACCUUCUCUAAAUGCAACCACCGCGGGGUGUGCAACAACAACGGGAACUGCCAUUGCUCUUACGGGUGGGCCCCUCCCUUCUGCCUGGGCAAAGGAUACGGGGGAAGCAUCGAGAGCGGACCCCCUUCCUAUGAACAGCCUCUAAGUCGCGUGAUUGGGUUCGUCGUCCUGGGAGUCUUGGCAUUUGUUGUGAUAGGCCUCAUUGCCACCUAUAAGAGAGACCCCUUGAAAGCUUGGUAA